UUAUCUUGUUUUGGCAUUUAGGGUACUUGAAACAGAAUACUAAAAGGAAAUUUUUAAGUUUCUAAGCAGUAAAGUUUAGUUUAACAUAUCUGAAAAAUAGCUAGCUGCAUUUGAACAAUCAUUUUAUUGUGUUGUGCUGUGUAAAAUCCUGUAACAAAAAGAUUAUAUUAGUACUUUAUGAGGUGGUUUGGUAAAGUUAAAAACUUCAGGUCUUAAGCUUAACUCAUUGAAUUUUGAUACUUGAAAUGCAUUCUUAAUGGGGGUAUUUGGAUUUUUUCCUUUUUUCUAGCAAGUACUGAAUUUUUCUGCAGGCUUGUGGAAAAAUGUUGUUAAUCCCUUCUGUUGCUAAAAUUCUGCAUUUUUGGGUUGAAUGUGAAAAUUCAACCCAAAUGUCCUAAAUUCUGCUGCCCAAGUAAAAAUUUUUUCUGGUUUGUGAAUAAGCAUAGAAGGGUGUGAUGGGGUGUGGUUGGUUUUCUUUGGUUUGUUUUUUUUCCCUUUACGUUCUUUAGUUGCUUGAAAGAGUUAUGUAUUGGCUUUCAGGUAGGGUUUAUUAUAUAGUAAUUUGUCCAUUAGUAAGAUUGCAUAAGCUCAGGCUGAAAGACUUGUGUGCUGUCUGGAUCUGAUAACAGCUUACAGCUAAAGAGCAUGCCUGCCACUCCAGAGCACGCUGAUGUAUGAAACCAGUGCCCGUUUGUGGUUUCACUGCCUGCUCUAGUUUUUCUCUACUGUUGGCCUGAUUUUCUCUAAAAUUCUUCCUGCUUUAUAGUUGUGCAGAGGAUGCCACAGCUGUGGAUGGGAUCGUGAAACUCAUCUGUGUUUCUGAAAACAAGUGCAAUCGAUAAUCAUGGGUCAAACAGGAAAAAAAUCUGAGAAGGGACCAAUUUGUUGGAGAAAACGUGUAAAAUCAGAAUAUAUGAGACUGAGGCAGCUCAAGAGGUUCCGACGUGCCGAUGAAGUAAAGAGUAUGUUUAAUUCUAAUCGUCAGAAGAUACUGGAAAGAACUGAAAUCUUAAAUCAAGAAUGGAAACAACGUAGGAUACAGCCUGUCCACAUCAUGACUUCUGUGAGCUCAUUGCGCGGGACCAGGGAGUGCUCUGUUACCAGUGACAUUGAUUUUCCAAAACAAGUCAUCCCACUGAAGACUCUCAAUGCUGUUGCUUCUGUGCCUAUAAUGUACUCUUGGUCUCCCCUUCAACAGAACUUUAUGGUAGAGGAUGAAACUGUUUUACAUAACAUUCCGUAUAUGGGAGAUGAAGUGCUUGACCAGGAUGGUACUUUUAUUGAAGAACUGAUCAAGAAUUAUGAUGGGAAAGUGCAUGGAGACAGAGGUGAGCCCAAACACUCAGAAUGUGGAUUUAUCAAUGAUGAAAUAUUUGUUGAGUUGGUCAAUGCCCUUGGUCAAUAUAGUGAUGAUGAAGAUGAUGAUGAUGGAGAUGACAAUCCUGAUGAAAGAGAUGACAAGCAAAAAGAUCGGGAAGGUAACAGGAUGGAGAAAGAAACCCACCCACCUCGGAGAUUUCCUUCUGACAAGAUAUUUGAAGCCAUUUCCUCAAUGUUUCCAGACAAGGGUACAGCAGAAGAAUUGAAAGAGAAAUACAAAGAACUCACUGAGCAGCAGCUUCCUGGAGCUCUUCCUCCUGAGUGCACACCGAACAUAGAUGGACCAAAUGCUAAAUCUGUUCAGAGGGAGCAAAGCCUGCACUCCUUUCACACACUCUUCUGUAGGCGCUGUUUUAAAUACGAUUGCUUCUUGCAUCCAUUCCAUGCAACUCCCAAUACUUAUAAGCGAAAGAAUACAGAAACAGCAUUAGAUAAUAAGCCUUGUGGACCUCACUGUUACCAGCAUCUGGAGGGCGCGAAGGAGUUUGCGGCCGCGCUGACGGCGGAGCGCAUCAAGACGCCGCCCAAGCGCCCCGGCGGGCGGCGGCGGGGCCGGCUGCCCAACAACACCAGCAGGCCCAGCACGCCCACCAUCAACGUGCUGGAGUCCAAGGACACCGACAGCGACCGCGAGGCCGGCACCGAAACCGGCGGGGAGAACAACGACAAGGAGGAGGAAGAAAAGAAAGAUGAAACUUCCAGUUCCUCUGAAGCAAAUUCUAGGUGUCAAACACCAAUAAAGAUGAAGCCAAAUAUUGAGCCUCCAGAGAAUGUGGAAUGGAGUGGUGCAGAAGCUUCAAUGUUUAGAGUUCUUAUUGGCACCUACUAUGACAACUUCUGUGCAAUUGCCAGACUGAUUGGGACCAAAACGUGCAGACAGGUGUAUGAGUUUAGAGUAAAGGAAUCUAGUAUUAUUGCACCAGUCCCUGCUGAAGAUGUUGAUACUCCUCCCAGAAAGAAGAAAAGGAAACACAGGUUGUGGGCUGCUCAUUGCAGAAAGAUACAGCUGAAAAAGGAUGGGUCAUCGAAUCACGUUUACAACUAUCAGCCAUGUGAUCACCCACGUCAGCCUUGUGAUAGCUCAUGCCCAUGUGUAAUUGCUCAAAACUUCUGUGAGAAGUUUUGUCAGUGCAGCUCAGAAUGCCAAAAUCGUUUUCCUGGGUGUCGUUGUAAAGCACAGUGCAACACCAAGCAGUGCCCCUGUUACCUGGCUGUCCGUGAGUGUGACCCUGACCUCUGCCUCACCUGUGGAGCAGCUGACCACUGGGACAGCAAAAAUGUUUCUUGCAAGAACUGCAGCAUUCAGAGAGGAUCCAAAAAACACUUACUAUUGGCACCUUCAGAUGUGGCAGGCUGGGGAAUUUUUAUCAAAGAUCCUGUACAGAAGAAUGAAUUCAUCUCUGAAUACUGUGGUGAGAUUAUCUCUCAGGAUGAGGCAGACAGAAGAGGAAAAGUGUACGACAAAUACAUGUGCAGCUUUCUGUUUAACUUGAAUAAUGAUUUUGUGGUUGAUGCAACACGCAAGGGCAACAAAAUUAGAUUUGCAAACCAUUCAGUAAAUCCCAACUGCUAUGCAAAAGUUAUGAUGGUUAAUGGUGAUCACAGAAUAGGAAUAUUUGCUAAAAGAGCCAUUCAGACUGGUGAAGAACUGUUCUUUGACUACAGAUAUAGCCAAGCUGAUGCCCUUAAGUAUGUGGGCAUUGAAAGAGAAAUGGAAAUCCCUUGACACCAGCUACCUCUUCUUUUAAACAAACAGCUGCCUUAUCUUCAGGAAUUUCUAGUACUGUGGGCAAUUUUAGAAAAAUACAAAUGAUGCAAUUUGAAAUUCUGUAUUUGCAAAGUACUGUAACAGUAAUUUAUAGUAAUGAAUUUUAAAAAAACCAACUUUUUAUUGCCUUCUCACCAGCUGCAAAGUGUUUUGUACCUAGGAACUUUUGCAAUAAUGUGGUGUGGUACAUUUUUCAACCUUGAAUAAAGGAUACUUGAACUUCUUCAUUUUUACUGGAA